AGUAGCGGGCCGGGCGGCGGGCGGCGCGCACCGGGUCGCCGGCGGCGCGCACCGUUAGGCCGGCCGGCCGGGACCGUUGGCCGCUCGCCGGCCGGGCGCAGUGCCGCCGUGACUGCGCUGCCGGACCGCCGCGAUGCUCUGCCGGCGGCCGCCGCUGCCGCUGCUGCUGCUGCUGCUCGACGCUGCGCUCUCAGAGGAGAAAUGCCAGCCAGUGUUCGACGUGUGCGAGUCGGCGCCGAGCGCCAACACGCACUUCCUCUCCAAGAAUAACACCCAGGUGGUGGCCUCGCCCGGCGAGACGGUCCUGCUGCCCUGCCAGCUCCAGAAGCCCUCCGACUAUAAGGUGUCCUGGCUGUUCAAGGCGACCCGUCGCCUUCUGACCGUCCAGGACUGGACGUUCACACAGGAUGACCGGCUCUCUGCCAGGCUCAACACCUUCACCAAUACAUGGAAUUUGAAAAUAACCAACGUCUCAGUGGAAGAUUCAGGAAUAUACGAGUGCCAAGUGUCGGCCCAUCCAUGGGACCGGCUGCAAGUUCGGCUCAAGAUAUCAGAUCCGGACGGGUCCAACCGGCGGACAGAGCACGUGCCGCUAGUCAGGGACUAUGGCGAGCCGGGCUUCCACCUGGAGAACAGCGCACUGUGUCCGGACGGCGGCCAGAACGUGAAGCUGGUCAUCCUGGUGCAGAGUGCGCUGCAAAACUCCAACCAGCGCAGCGUCAUCCGCCACACGUGGGCGCGGCCGGCCAACUUCCGGGACGACAUCGUCAUGGGCUUCGUGGUGGCUCGCACCGACGACCCGGCCCUCCAGAAGGGCGUCGAGUACGAGCAGUCGCUCUACGGUGACAUCAUCCAGGCCAACUUCGUCGAUCACUACAACAACCUCACUCUCAAAACGCUGGCCAGCCUGGAAUGGUUUGACGUGCACUGCGGUGCGGCGAAGUUCGUGCUCAAGGUCGAUGACGACGUGUUCCUGAACAUCAGAAAUCUGGAAUCGUUCAUUGACGAGCAUCGUGAUGCGCGACGUACCAUUUUUGGAAAUGUCAUUUACAAUCCAAUGCCGAACCGUGACAAAGAAUCUAGAUACUAUGUGAGCCCUAAGAUUUGGGAGAAGACCAAGUACCCGCGGUACACGAGUGGUCCACUGUAUCUCGUCACGGGAGACAGCGUGCGCGAGCUGCGGCAGCGCGUACUGGAGAGGCCCUACUUCUUCAUCGAGGACGUCACCGUCACCGGCAUCGGCGCCAAGAUGGCGGCCGUGCGGCGCGUGCGAGCGCCGGAGUUUUUCACCUACCCGGUGCCACUGACGGACACGUGUCUGUACCGCAUGCUGGUUGGCGCCCACCAGGUGCCCGCCAAGGAGAUGUCAGCGCUGUGGAACCGCGUCGUGGACAAAACUUUAAAAUGUCCUUACACAUACGAACCAAAACACUGGAAGCCAUGCACCAAACUGAAGGCGCAGGAAAGCCUCAAACACUGCGUGCUCACCCUUUUCACAGCACCUAAGAACGGUUGAAGGGAAACUAAUCUAUUCAUUUGAACAUUUGGUCUCGAGCUGGGGCGGUCACUUCCAAGGCUGCCGAGUGUUUUUCAACCCUGCCGUGAGGGCAUCUUAGCGUAGAACCGAGCGAAUAUUAGUCUGGUGUAUCGUCCUCACAUACUCGUAUUCACUAUUCAUAAACAGUGUUGUUCCUUGUGGAAGUAACUAAUGUGUACACUCAGUCGCUAUAGCGUGUUGGUAAGUGCGGGAGGUACGUUUCGGGGAGAGCAGAGAUGACAUUUGGAGCUUCUCCGUGUCGAACGUUCCUCGUCUCAUGCAGUACCUAUAUUUCUCAUGUGUAAUGAUGAUGAACAACGAUCUGCGAAAACCAGGACGUUACAGUGUUUCUAAUAGUCAUUAUGGCACACCUAAUAAAGAUUAGUGGGCCUUGGAA